AUGCCAGAAAAAACAAAAUCAAUAGACAACGUUAAAGUACUUCCCUGAGGUCUUCUAGCAUGUGCUGGUUUUUUUCUUGUCUUUGGUAUGACACAAACACCUGACGGUGUUUUUGUUCGACCUCAUCCUGCUCUUUGGCGUCUUGUGCUUUGUUUCAGCGUACUCUAUGAAAUAGUUCUGAUCUAUAUUCUAUUUCAAACGGUCGAUAAUGCAAGACAAUUAUUAAAGAAUAUCGAUCCAUCAUUAGGUGUACCAUUACCAGAUAAAGAUUAUGGUGGAUCAUGUCGUAUUUACGAUUGGGAAAAUCCUGAAGAUCCAUUUCAUUAUUUUAAAGAUAAAAUGGACUUUUUUGUUUUAUCGCAUUUUUUUGGUUGGUGGUUAAAAACACUCAUUGUUCGUGAUUAUUGGCUUUGUAUGGUAACAUCAAUAGGUUUUGAAAUUCUUGAAUAUUCUCUUGAACAUCAAUUGCCAAAUUUUAGUGAAUGCUGGUGGGAUCAUUGGAUUCUUGAUGCACUUAUUUGUAAUGGUGGUGGAAUUUAUAUAGGUAUGAAAACAUGUGAAUAUUUAAAAAUGAAACCAUACAAUUGGCGUGGCAUGUGGACAAUACCAACUGCUAGGGGUAAAAUAAUGCGUGUGUUGGGUCAGUUUACACCACAUGAUUGGCUUGAAUUUGAUUGGCGUCCAACAGCAUCUUUAAAACGUUGGCUUGCAAUGUUAUUAAUAACAUGCUUUUUAUUUCUUGUCGAAUUAGGUACAUUCUAUUUAAAAUUUAUUUUAUGGAUUCCACCACCACAUUUUCUAUGUCUAAUACGUUUAUUCUUUUUCUUACUGGCUGGGGGUGUUGCAAUGCGUGAAGUAUUUGAAUAUUUGGAUAAUCGGGAAUGUAAAAAAUUUGGUCGACAAUCAUGGGUUUUAACAGCUAUUAUUGUAACAGAAGUAUUAAUUGUAUUAAAAUUUGAUUGGAACACUGUUACAAAACCAUUACCAUUUCAUAUUGUACUUGUUUGGAUAGCAAUUGCUGUUGGAAUUGUUUUAUGGACAAUAUAUCAGUUUUGGUUUAAAAGAUUUAUUCUUUGGGGACAAAGAAAAAAUCUUCAAGUUAUGAAAAAGGACAAAUGA